UGAACAUUCUUAUCUAAUUUGAUUAUAAAUUUAAAUUAUUAUGAAAACAAUAGUUCAACAAUAAAAUCAAUAAUUAGAAAUCCGGAAAAGUAAUGCCAUUAAGUGAUCCUCAUCGCCAUUCCAUUUCCAUUUCCAGUGCUACUGGAUUUCUAAAUAAAAACGGAUAUAGAUUGGGCAGCAUCAUUGGCGAAGGAUCAUAUUGUAAAGUAAGGGAAGCAGAAUAUAAUGGGGAAAAACUAGCGAUUAAAAUUAUCUCUAGGAUCAAAAAUUCAAAUGAAUAUAUAAAGAAGUUCUUACCUAGAGAAUUAAAAAUUUUAUGCAAAAUCAAUCAUCCGAAUAUCAUUGAAAUUAAGCGUAUCAUUGACUUCGGUACGUAUGUCUAUAUCUGUAUGGAAAUUGCAGAAAAAGGAGAUUUAUUCGAUUGUAUAAAGAAACACAAUUUCCUCUCCGAAAAUCGAGCCAGAAAAUACUUUUAUCACUUAGUACAGGCCGUCAAUUAUUUACAUAAAAACCAUAUCAGUCAUCGAGACUUAAAAUGCGAAAAUGUGCUCAUCACCAGUAACGACAUAGUUAAAUUAACCGAUUUUAGCUUUUCUCGAGUGUGCAUUAAUGAAAAUACAGGUAGAAAAAUCCUCAGUGAGACAUACUAUGGUAGUACAGCGUACACAGCACCAGAAGUAUUACUGGGUAUUCCUUACGAUCCAAUGAUGAUCGAUGCAUGGAGUAUGGGGUGCAUAUUAUUCAUCAUGAUAACUGGAAUGAUGCCGUACAAUGAUUCAAAUCCACGAAAAAUGAUUCAAUAUCAGCUAGAACGGCGAUAUCCUAUUCCUUCUUCAUUGAAUAAACAAAUAAGCUCACAAUGCAAUAAGCUGAUCUUCCAACUCUUGGAACCUGACGUUAUGAAGAGAACGACAGUAGAAAACGUGCUAAGAAGUUCUUGGUUUCAACAAUAAAAAUGAAAAUUGAAAUCUCCUCUCCAGCAAUGAUGAUUCAAUUGCGACUAAAUGAGAAUAAGGCCUAUUUUUACAACACAUAUUUUUCUAAUAUUGUCGAAAUAAUUUUCUUGGUACAUUUUCAUAAUAAAUAUUAAAUUUCUUAUUAAUGUUGAGGAA